GCUGCGCUGGCUGGAGGGGAGGCUGCCGAGCGAGGGCAGGAGAACUGUUUCCAGGCACCCAGCCUCCUACCAUGUCUGACCCCAUCACACUGAAUGUUGGGGGCAAGCUCUACACAACCUCACUGGCAACCCUGACCAGCUUCCCUGAUUCUAUGCUGGGUGCCAUGUUCAGUGGGAAGAUGCCCACCAAGAGGGACAGCCAGGGUAACUGCUUCAUCGACCGUGACGGCAAAGUGUUCCGCUAUAUCCUCAACUUCCUGCGGACCUCUCACCUGGAUCUGCCAGAGGACUUCCAGGAGAUGGGUCUGCUCCGCAGGGAAGCUGACUUCUACCAGGUACAGCCCCUGAUUGAGGCCCUGCAGGAAAAGGAGAUAGAACUCUCCAAGGCAGAGAAGAACGCCAUGCUCAACAUCACACUGAAGCAGCACGUACAAACAGUCCACUUCACCGUGCGCGAGGCACCACAGAUCUACAGCCUGUCGUCUUCCAGCAUGGAGGUGUUCAACGCCAACAUCUUCAGCACAUCCUGCCUCUUCCUCAAACUGCUUGGCUCUAAGCUCUUCUACCGCUCCAAUGGCAAUCUCUCCUCCAUCACCAGUCACUUGCAGGACCCUAACCACCUGACUCUUGACUGGGUGGCCAACGUGGAAGGCCUUCCAGAGGAAGAAUACACCAAGCAGAACCUCAAAAGGCUGUGGGUGGUCCCUGCCAACAAGCAGAUCAACAGCUUCCAGGCCUUUGUGGAGGAGGUGCUGAAGAUCGCCCUGAGUGAUGGAUUCUGCAUUGACUCUUCCCAUCCACAUGCUCUGGACUUUAUGAACAAUAAGAUCAUCCGGUUAAUACGGUACAGGUAAAAAGACCCUAGUCACACUGGGGAAGGAGUUCCCAAGGAAGCUCUUGUGAGCUGAGGCUCCGAGGAGAGUGUCUCGCCAGUGGCAGGAGGCGGUGAACUAUACUAAUCUGCAUUAAUUGCACAGCAGGACCUGAUUCCCCGUGACAAAGUCCACCUUCUGGAAUCCACAUGUCCUCUGAACAGAACCACCUUUUCUUGCCAGGGGAACUGGUGAUGGGUAGCUUGUGGUGACAAGCUAGAAGUCAGCUGAAACAUACGAGAAGAACCCACAGAGGACCCUCUGGCUAGGACAAAGAGUAGCAGUUUUCUUAUGGGUUAUCACCUACCACUACUCAGUGCCCUGCUAAACCACCUCCAGAGAGAGCCCUGGCGGCUGACGGGUAGGGUGGAAACAAGAGCCCUUUUUCGUUUCCUAGGACACAACAUGUACAGCAAACCCCAUCACUCCUGCUCUUUGCUCUGAAGGAUACGCCCAGGCACCAGGACACCUUUGCCCAAAGGCAACUAUAUUUAGGUAUUUUAGAAUGCAAUAUGUUCCCAGAACCCUUUGUGGUUCCACUCAGGGAGAAAGUUGAGCCAUGGCAUGGCCUAGGGGAGUAAGUGUCCAGGCUUAGGCAGGAGGGGGUGCCCCUCCUGAAGAGGCUGAACUGAAGGAUUCUUGACUUCAGACAUUGGUUGUUGUCCCUGCAAAGAUGUGAUAGUGUUGAAGCCAAGAAGAUGGAAGACACUUCAUGACCCAGCUGUUGCUUGACUCUUGUAGUCCUUGCCCCAUGGAUCGCAGGCAUCACUGACACCAGUCAGUUUAAACCAAUAACACACUGUGAACUCUCAGGGUUGGAAAAUGA